UGUAGAUACAGCAAUAGUACAGUGACUUUGAAGUGUGGAUAUUAAAAUAGUUGCCGAAAGUUUUUAUUAAAAUUUUUUUUAAUAACCCGAAUCUAUUUAAAAUAAAUUAUUUCACAUUGAUCCGAUUUAUUAAAGAAGGCAGAUAAAAACUGAAUAUUUAAAAAGAAAGAUAAUCAGUUUAACAUGGCACAGCAAUUUUUUAAUCGAAUUGGGCAAUUAGGCUUGGGAGUAGCUGUUUUGGGGGGAGUUGUUAAUUCUGCAUUAUAUAACGUUGAUGGUGGACAUCGUGCUGUAAUUUUUGAUAGGUUUACUGGUGUUAAACAAGAUGUUGUAGGAGAAGGUACACAUUUUUUUAUUCCAUGGGUUCAAAGACCAAUUAUCUAUGAUAUAAGAUCUCAGCCUAGAAAUGUGCCAGUAAUAACUGGAAGCAAGGAUUUACAAAAUGUGAAUAUCACACUACGUAUUUUAUAUAGACCAAUACCAGAUCAGUUACCGAAAAUUUACACAAUAUUGGGUCAAGACUACGAUGAACGUGUCUUACCAUCUAUUACAACUGAAGUUUUAAAAGCAGUUGUUGCACAAUUUGACGCUGGAGAGCUUAUUACACAGAGAGAGAUGGUGUCACAAAAAGUUUCUGAAGAAUUAACGGAAAGAGCAAAUCAAUUCGGUUUUAUCUUGGAUGACAUUUCAAUUACACAUCUGACAUUUGGUCGCGAAUUCACAAUGGCUGUAGAAAUGAAACAAGUUGCCCAACAAGAAGCUGAAAAAGCGCGAUUUGUUGUUGAAAAAGCUGAACAACAAAAGAAAGCUGCUAUUAUUUCCGCAGAAGGUGAUGCACAAGCUGCCGAAUUAUUAGCUAAAUCAUUUGCUGAAGCAGGUGAUGGUUUGGUUGAAUUAAGAAGAAUUGAAGCUGCAGAAGAUAUUGCUUAUCAAUUAGCAAGGUCAAGAGGUGUUGCUUAUCUUCCCGGGGGCCAAAAUUUACUAUUAAAUAUUCCAACAAACUUGCAACAGCAAUAAUCUAAUUUUUAAUUUUUGUUAUUUUUGGCGCAUUUAAUUUUCUUUUAUUGUUUGCAGUACAAUAUGUACGUAUUCAGUUGAAAAAAUCAUUUAUACUUAAAGUAGAUUAUAGUAACUAGUGAGCUGUUGCAAAACAUUUCUGAAUGAAUAAUAAGUCCUUUACUAAUUUUUUACUAUUUUGGAGGAAGGACAAUAUUUGCGAAUAGAAUUUCUUUAUGCGCAUUAAACUAUAUGCAUGUAGGAAUUAAGUGAAAUGUAUAAAUAAAAGAAAUAAUUUUUUAUAAUAGA